AUGUGGACUCGUUUGCACUCAUGUGGACUCGUUUGCACUCAUGUGGACUCGUUUGAACUCAUGUGGACUCGUUUGCACUCAUGUGGACUCGUUUGCACUCAUGUGGACUCGUUUGCACUCAUGUGGACUCGUUUGCACUCAUGUGGACUCGUUGGCACUCAUGUGGACUCGUUUGCACUCAUGUGGACUCGUUUGCACUCAUGUGGACUCGUUUGCACUCAUGUGGACUCGUUUGCACUCAUGUGGACUCGUUUGCACUCAUGUGGACUCGUUUGCACUCAUGUGGACUCGUUUGCACUCAUGUGGACUCGUUUGCACUCAUGUGGACUCGUUUGCACUCAUGUGGACUCGUUUGAACUCAUGUGGACUCGUUUGCACUCAUGUGGACUCGUUUGCACUCAUGUGGACUCGUUUGCACUCAUGUGGACUCGUUUGCACUCAUGUGGACUCGCUUGCACUCAUGUGGACUCGUUUGCACUCAUGUGGACUCGUUUGCACUCAUGUGGACUCGUUUGCACUCAUGUGGACUCGUUGGCACUCAUGUGGACUCGUUUGCACUCACGUGGACUCGUUUGCACUCAUGUGGACUCGUUUGAACUCAUGUGGACUCGUUUGCACUCUUGUGGACUCGUUUGCACUCAUAUGGACUUGUUGGCACUCAUGUGGACUCGUUUGCACUCAUGUGGACUCGUUUGCACUCAUGUGGACUCGUUUGCACUCAUGUGGACUCGUUUGCACUCAUGUGGACUCGCUUGCACUCAUGUGGACUCGUUUGCACUCAUGUGGACUCGUUUGCACUCAUGUGGACUCGUUUGCACUCAUGUGGACUCGUUGGCACUCAUGUGGACUCGUUUGCACUCACGUGGACUCGUUUGCACUCAUGUGGACUCGUUUGAACUCAUGUGGACUCGUUUGCACUCAUGUGGACUCGUUUGCACUCAUGUGGACUUGUUUGCACUCAUGUGGACUCGUUUGCACUCAUGUGGACUCGUUUGCACUCAUGUGGACUCGUUUGCACUCAUGUGGACUCGUUUGCACUCAUGUGGACUCGUUUGCACUCAUGUGGACUCGUUUGCACUCAUGUGGACUCGUUUGAACUCAUGUGGACUCUCGUUUGCACUCAUGUGGAGUCGUUUGCACUCAUGUGGACUCGUUUGA